CACUGCCGCUGCCGCCGCCGCCGCCGCCGCCGCCGCCUGCCGGGCCCGCCCGUCUGUCCGCCCGCCCGCAUGGCGCUCCGGAGCUUCUGCAGCGCCGAUGGCUCCGACCCCUUCUGGUGCCCACCCUGGGCCAAAGCCAAGUCCAAGGAUCCAGAAGGAAGCUGGCAUGGACGUGGGUAGGCCCCUGAGUGAGCCUUCUGGUGCAGGCCAGGAGCCAUUUUACAUCAGCACCUCAGUUUCCACAGCUGUUAAAUGGGGAACGGACUGGAAUGUCACGUGGUACACCAGCAACCCCGACUUCACCAAGUGCUUUCAGAACACCGUCCUCGUGUGGGUGCCCUGUUUGUACCUCUGGGCCUGUUUCCCCUUCUACUUCCUCUAUCUCUCCCGACACGACCGGGGCUAUAUUCAGAUGACACACCUCAACAAAACCAAAACUGCCUUGGGGUUCCUUCUGUGGGUCGUCUGCUGGGCAGAUCUCUUCUACUCUUUCUGGGAAAGAAGUUGGGGUGUGUUGCUGGCCCCGGUGUUGCUGGUCAGCCCAACCCUCUUGGGCAUCACCAUGCUGCUCGCUACCCUUUUAAUUCAGCUCGAGCGAAGGAAGGGAGUCCAGUCCUCAGGGAUCAUGCUCACUUUCUGGCUUGUAGCCCUACUGUGUGCCCUGGCCAUCUUGAGAUCCAGAAUCAUGACUGCCUUAAAAGAGGACACUCAAGUGGACCUGUUCCGCGAUGUCACUUUCUACGUGUACCUUUCCCUUGUGCUCAUUCAGCUCGUGCUGUCCUGCUUCUCAGACCGAUCGCCCCUGUUCUCCGAAACCAUCAGUGACUCCAAUCCUUGCCCGGAGUCCGGUGCCUCAUUCCUUUCCAGGAUCACCUUCUGGUGGAUCACAGGGUUGAUGAUCCGGGGCUACCGCCAGCCCCUGGAGGCCAGUGACCUCUGGUCGCUGAACAAGGAGGACACUUCAGAACAAGUGGUGCCGGUGUUGGUGAAGAACUGGAAGAAGGAGUGUGCCAAGUCUCGGAAGCAGCCUGUGAGGGUCGUGUACUCUGCCAAGGAGCCUGCCAAGCCCAGAGAGGGUUCCAAGGUGGAUGUGAACGAGGAGGCGGAGGCCCUGAUUGUCAAGGCCCCGCAGAAGGAGCGUGCCCCCUCCUUGUUCAAGGUGUUGUACAAGACCUUCGGGCCCUACUUCCUCGUGAGCUUCUUCUUCAAGGCUCUGCAUGACCUCAUGAUGUUCGCUGGCCCCGAGAUCUUGAAGUUGCUCAUCAACUUUGUGAACGACACACAGGCGCCUGACUGGCAGGGCUAUUUCUACACAGCGCUGCUGUUCAUCAGUGCCUGCCUGCAGACGCUGGUGCUGCACCAGUACUUCCAUAUCUGCUUCGUCAGCGGCAUGCGUGUCAAGACCGCUGUGAUUGGGGCUGUGUACCGGAAGGCCCUGGUGAUCACCAGCUCAGCGAGAAAGUCAUCCACGGUUGGAGAGAUUGUCAACCUCAUGUCUGUGGACGCCCAGAGGUUCAUGGACUUGGCCACGUACAUUAACAUGAUCUGGUCAGCCCCUCUGCAAGUCAUCCUUGCUCUCUACCUCCUGUGGCUGAACCUGGGUCCCUCUGUCCUGGCUGGUGUGGCUGUGAUGAUCCUUAUGGUGCCUUUCAAUGCUGUGAUGGCCAUGAAGACCAAAACCUACCAGGUGGCCCACAUGAAGAGCAAGGACAAUCGGAUUAAACUGAUGAACGAAAUUCUCAACGGGAUCAAGGUACUCAAGCUGUACGCCUGGGAGCUGGCAUUCAAGGACAAGGUGAUGGCCAUCAGGCAGGAGGAGCUGAAGGUGCUCAAGAAGUCUGCCUACCUGGCUGCCGUGGGGACCUUCACCUGGGUGUGCACACCGUUCCUGGUGGCCCUGUCUACUUUUGCCGUCUAUGUGACCGUGGACAAGAACAACGUCCUGGAUGCACAGAAGGCCUUCGUGUCCUUGGCCUUGUUCAACAUCCUUCGUUUCCCCCUCAACAUCCUCCCCAUGGUCAUCAGCAGCAUCGUGCAGGCCAGUGUGUCCCUCAAGCGCCUGAGGGUCUUCCUGUCCCACGAGGAGCUGGAGCCAGACAGCAUUGAGCGGAGGCCCAUGAAGGAUGGCGGGGGAACAAACAGCAUUACUGUGAAGAAUGCCACAUUCACGUGGUCCAGGGGAGAACCUCCCACGCUCACUGGCAUCACCUUCUCCAUCCCGGACGGCGCCCUGGUGGCCGUGGUGGGCCAGGUGGGCUGUGGGAAGUCCUCUCUGCUCUCAGCCCUCUUGGCUGAGAUGGACAAGGUGGAGGGACAAGUGGCUCUCAAGGGCUCGGUGGCCUACGUCCCCCAGCAGGCCUGGAUUCAGAAUGACUCUCUGAGAGAAAACAUCCUUUUUGGGCGCCCGCUGCAGGAGCGGUAUUACAAGGCCGUGAUGGAGGCCUGUGCCCUCCUCCCGGACCUGGAAAUCCUGCCCAGCGGGGACCGGACCGAGAUCGGCGAGAAGGGUGUGAACCUGUCGGGGGGCCAGAAGCAGCGCGUGAGCCUGGCCCGGGCUGUGUACUGCGACUCGGACAUCUACCUCUUCGAUGACCCGCUCUCGGCCGUGGACGCCCACGUGGGGAAGCACAUCUUUGAAAACGUGAUUGGUCCUAAGGGGAUGCUGCAGAACAAGACACGGCUCCUGGUUACACAUGGCAUCAGCUACCUGCCACAGGUGGACGUCAUCGUGGUCAUGAGUGGCGGGAAGAUCUCAGAGAUGGGCUCCUACCAGGAGCUGCUGGCCCGGGACGGGGCCUUUGCUGAGUUCCUGCGCACAUACGCCAGCACUGAGCAGGACCAGACCUUGGAGGAGGAGGGCAGCACAGUGAUGGAGGAGGAGGAGGAGGAAGGGUUAACAGGCCUCAGUGGUCCAGGGAAGGAGGCAAAGCCGAUGGAGAAUGGCGUGCUAGUGACGGACACCUCAGGGAAGCACCUGCAGAGGCAGCUGAGCAGCGCCUCCUCCUACAGUGGGGACACCAGCAGGCACCACGCCAGCAGUGCCGAGCUGCACAAGGCUGGGGCCAAGGAGGAGACCUGGAAGCUGAUGGAGGCGGACAAGGCGCAGACAGGCCAGGUGCAGCUGUCCGUGUACUGGGACUACAUGAAAGCUAUUGGGCUUUUCAUAUCCUUCCUGAGCAUCUUCCUCUUCCUGUGCAACCACGUCUCUGCCCUGGCCUCCAACUACUGGCUCAGCCUCUGGACAGACGACCCCAUUGUCAAUGGGACCCAGGAGCACACAAAGGUCCGGCUGAGCGUCUAUGGAGCCCUGGGCAUCUCACAAGGCGUCGCCGUGUUCGGCUACUCCAUGGCCGUGUCCGUGGGCGGCAUCCUGGCCUCCCGUCGCCUGCACCUGGACCUGCUGCACAGUGUGCUGCGCUCGCCCGUCAGCUUCUUCGAGCGCACGCCCAGCGGGAACCUGGUGAACCGCUUCUCCAAGGAGCUGGACACGGUGGACUCCAUGAUCCCGCAGGUCAUUAAGAUGUUUAUGGGCUCCCUGUUCAACGUCCUGGGCGCCUGCGUCAUCAUCCUGCUGGCCACGCCUGUCGCUGCGGCCAUCAUCCCGCCCCUCGGCCUUGUCUACUUCUUCGUGCAGCGGUUCUAUGUGGCCUCCAGCCGGCAGCUGAAGCGCCUCGAGUCGGUCAGUCGCUCCCCGGUCUAUUCACACUUCAGCGAGACCUUGCUGGGGGUCAGCGUCAUCCGUGCCUUUGAGGACCAGGAGCGCUUCAUCCGCCAGAGCGACCUCAAGGUGGAUGAGAACCAGAAGGCUUAUUACCCCAGCAUCGUGGCCAACAGGUGGCUGGCCGUGCGGCUGGAGUAUGUCGGCAACUGCAUUGUUCUGUUUGCUGCCCUGUUUGCAGUCAUCUCCAGGCACAGCCUCAGCGCUGGCUUGGUGGGCCUCUCCGUGUCUUACUCCUUGCAGAUCACGGCAUACUUGAACUGGCUAGUUCGGAUGUCGUCUGAGAUGGAGACCAACAUUGUGGCCGUAGAGAGACUCAAGGAAUAUUCAGAAAUCGAGAAAGAGGCUCCCUGGCAGAUCCAGGAGACUGCGCCACCCAGCAACUGGCCACAGGUGGGCCGAGUGGAGUUCCGGGACUAUGGCCUGCGCUACCGAGAGGACCUGGACUUGGUUCUCAAACACAUCAGCAUCACCAUUGAUGGGGGAGAAAAGGUUGGCAUCGUGGGUCGGACAGGAGCUGGGAAGUCAUCUCUGACCUUGGGCUUGUUUCGGAUCAAUGAAUCUGCAGAAGGAGAAAUCAUCAUUGAUGGCGUCAACAUUGCCAAGAUUGGCCUGCACAACCUGCGCUUCAAGAUCACUAUCAUCCCCCAGGACCCUGUUUUGUUCUCGGGUUCCCUCCGCAUGAACCUGGACCCAUUCAGCCAGUACUCGGAUGAAGAGGUCUGGACGGCCCUGGAGCUGGCGCACCUGAAGGGCUUCGUGUCAGCCCUUCCUGACAAGCUGAACCACGAGUGCGCAGAAGGUGGCGAGAACCUGAGUGUUGGGCAGCGCCAGCUUGUGUGUCUGGCCCGGGCUCUGCUGAGGAAGACGAAGAUUCUUGUGUUGGAUGAGGCCACAGCAGCCGUGGACCUGGAAACGGACAACCUCAUUCAGUCCACCAUCAGAACACAGUUUGAGGACUGCACCGUGCUCACCAUUGCCCACCGACUCAACACCAUCAUGGACUACAUGAGGGUGAUCGUCCUGGACAAAGGAGAAAUCCGGGAGUGCGGCCCCCCCUCCGACCUCCUGCAGCAGAGGGGUAUCUUCUACAGCAUGGCCAAAGAUGCUGGCUUGGUGUGAGCCCUGGAGCCACAGAGCUGCGGGCCAGCACCCUUGGGAACCCCAAGCCUUCCUCACAGAAACCAAAAAAAAAUGAAAGAAAGAAAACCAAAUCUAAGAAACCAAAACACACAAAAAAGCAGACACUGUCUGGCCCCUGCCUGGAAUUGGCCUUGAAGAAUCAGGAGGCAGAGCUGUGUCCACCCCGAGCAUGCACGCUGGCCUUUAGUGCCCCUGUGAGGGUCACAGCCCUGGAAAUGCAGGCUGUGCGCCUGGUGCAUCCAGUGGACGGGUUUGGCAGCCAGACCUCCAGAGAAAUGGUUGUGUGACAUAUGCUAGUGACCAAAUCCAGCCAACUGCCUUGUGUGUCUGUGGAUCUCGAGUCUUCGAGACACUCUUGAUCUUGUUCUCUUCCCCUGUCACCUCCAUGUCCCUGCUUCCAGCCCCAAUGCUUCAUUUCCCUGGAGUCUGGUGAAAAUCAUCAUGACUCUCAGGCAGUGUCCCAAGGGCCCAGACCAGUCCCCUUUCCAACCACCUCGUCUUCCAGGCGCUCCAGUAACCAGCACCCAGCAUCGUCUCCAUCAGGAUUGAUUGAGUGACCAGAGGCAGCCUUGGGUACCCAUGCAGCCGUCUUCAUUGAAGGGAUGUGGCUAGGCUAGUGACAAUUCAGUCCUGGCACUGCAGAUCCAGGCCAUCCUCCCUUAGUGCUGACUCUCCAACUCACUCAUCUCCCACCCACGCCGUCCUUCCCUCACUUUCCCUUUUACCCAAAGCUUGGAUGGUUUUACUCCUCUAAGAAGGUCUGCUGAUGGUUACGAAACACCCAAAGUCAAGAGCACGAAGGACCACCAAGUCUUACUGCUUGGUACCAAAGAGAGACAGACCCUCUGGAGUCUUCUAGGUUUUCUCACUCUUGGCACCGGCUCACUGCCAAGAAGCAGCUUGAUGGAGAACUUUGCAUUCAGGUUACCGAUUCUCUUCCAUGGCAAGAAAAGAACCCGUUCAUGAAUA